AUGAGUUCUAGCUUUUUCUUGGAAGAACGUAUGCUGGGGGAUAUAAUUGGGAUCAUCUCUCAGAAGCGUUCGAAAGAGACCAAAGUCCAGGUCAUCCAAACAAUUAGUAUUCUAGUUCAAAACAUUCGCGAUGAAAAGUCUCUCUGUAGCGUAUUCCCACGAAUCAUGACGUUGCUAGACUUUAUUCUGUCGAACAAUCACAUCAACAGCAUCAUAACAGCGGAUCUGGAUUUUCGAGAUGAAGACAUUGUGUCUCAAUAUAUUUCCUUUAUGAAGGUACUUUCCCUGUCCAUUAACGAAAAAACAAUACACUUCUUUCACAACAACAAAGAUCCCACAAAUCCCUUUCCACUCUUUACCAUUUGUGCUAAAUUUUUUGAUCAUCCGGAAGGAAUGGUUCGCAUUGCUGUGCGCACAAUCAUGUUUAAUUGUCUUCGAGGUUGUUUCCACCCACUUCUUUCUCUGUAG